AUGAAUGUGGGGGGACCAUAUGAUGCCCUUGGAGCAGAUGUCCCACCCUCUGCAAAUGCUUUUUCAAAGGAAGGAGGAUCUAUUCGCAGAGGAGCUGUUGCAAUAAUAGGAGAUGGAUGCAAGUUUGGUUCUUAUCUUGUCAAUGAGGAAUUGGUAAUCCCUAGGUUUUGGGCUAUAGUGAAGGAUAGGGAAACCAAGACUAAUAUCUCCAAUAACUGUCCCCUGAAUAUUAACAUUUCUUCAUCUGGAGAGGAUUGUACAACUUUAGACAGAAAUUGGGAUGGUUUUUUGACCCAACCUUGCUGUGGAUUACCUUUCAAUAGAUAUUUACGAGCAUUGGCACGUUGGACGAACCAAACAGGACAUAUCUUUCUUAAUUCCACACAACAGAUGGACUGCUUAACUUGGACGAAGAACACUAGUUCUAAUACUUUUAGCUGUGGCAUUGAAAAGUUGACGAGUGGUGCAGGAGGCUGCUCUUAUUAUUCAGAUAUCGACGUAGUGAACGAGUUAGGAAACAGAUUAAAAAGUCUAAGAGAUGAUUGCAGCCUAAUGGAUUCAGAUGGAGGACUCACUAAAGGCUGCAAUCAGUGUUUGAAGACAUGGGGAGCAUUAGCUUCAAAAUCGAAGAAUAAUUCAAUGAAACUCGAAGCUGACAUUUGUAGAUUUAGUAUGUUGAUUUUGUUAACAAGCCAAAGAAUAUCUGAUGAGAGUUGGAUUGAUGAAUUCUUUCAUUGCCUAGGAGACAACUCUCUCCCUUUAGUAUCUUCUCGAAGUGAAACUAGACAUCGAACAAAGUUUAAAAGAGGUAAAAUCUUGAAAUCCAUAUUCACAACUAUUAUUGCUAUAGCUGAGUUUCUGGACAAAAGAGUGUUCAAAUAUGCAGAUCUUGGGAUUCUAAUUGGUGGCAUAGUGGGGCUUGUCGUCAUAAUAAUUAUUGCGGUGUGGAUCUUAUUGAAAAGGAAGAAUGAAGUAAAACCAUCAAGUGGAAGAUAUAUAUCAGAUGGAUCUUACUCUGAAGAAUCAAGCUAUCGUAAACUAUCACUUAAAGAAAUUUAUUCCGCGACUGACAAUCUCAGCAUGUCUAACUUCAUAGGUCAAGGCAUAGCUGGAAAAGUAUACAAAAGCAUUUUGGCAGAUGGACAAUAUGUGGCGAUUAAGCACAUAAUUAAGGACGAACAGAUGGAUACAUUUGUUAGAGAAGUUACAAGCCUCUCGCAUAUCAGACAUCCGAACCUUGUAUCGUUGCUAGGACACUAUGAUGGACCAAAUGAGUGUUUUCUAGUUUAUGAGCUAUGCCACAAUGGAAAUCUUUCUGAAUGGUUAUUUGGUAAAAGUAAAUAUCUCUCGUGGAGACGAAGACUAGAAAUUGCACUUGAUUGUGCCCGCGGUCUCCUCUUUCUCCACUCGUAUCCUCAAGGCUCCAUUGUUCACCGGGAUAUCAAGCCAGCAAACAUUCUUCUAUCUGCUAGCUUUGAAGCCAAACUCUCAGACUUUGGUUUAUCCAAAAUUAUUAGCAUUGGUCACUCUUAUGCUAGCUCAGAAGUGAGAGGAACCUUUGGUUAUGUUGAUCCUGAGUACCAAAAGAAUCGACACGUUAAUUCUUAUGGUGAUGUCUAUAGCUUUGGGAUAGUGCUGCUACAACUAUUAUCUGGACAAAGGGUUAUCAACUUGGAUUUGCAGAAUCCAAUGCUUCUAAGUAAAAUGGCGAAAAACUUGACUAAAGGUGGGAACAUCAAAGAAUUUGCUGAUCCCAAAAUGGAGGGGAAAUUCUCAAUGGAGGCUUUUGAACUUAUACUUAAGUUAGCUUUGGUUAGCAUAGGGCUGAAGCAGCAACGACCAUCCAUGGAACAGGUGGUUGUUAAACUCGAAGAGGCUCUUGAUUUAUCAACAAGAGUUGAGUCAGUCCAUCUUUAGUGCAUAUACAAUUUAUCUGGUCAAGUCCAGAUUGAAUUUGAUGAACAUAAUAGCUUACGUACAAUUCACUUUUAUUUAAAAGCCUACCCAAGAUCAAAGGCGAAUCAAGAUUUUAUAGUCAGUGGAUUCAAAAUGAGUUUAAUACAAGAGUAUAUAUUUUGUCCGCAUAUGUACUUAUGGAUCAAGCAGAAAGCAAUGGUUUCCACUGAAGAUCUGACUCUGCCUAAGAUUGUAUAAUGAAAAUAUAACUUUCCUCUAUUACACAGUUUUAUCUUAAUUAGGUGCCUACAUGGGGAUUGUAACUGAAUAAUCAAGUUAAAACAAGUAUACUGAUUGUGCCAUUGCUCCGCUUGAUAAAACUGCUAAAGAAGAAAUUAUCACUUUUCUUCUUCUUCAUCUUCAUGGCGGAAGGAAUCGGUAUACCCUAUAAUUGGCCAGAGGAACCAGAUGAACCACAACAACAUCAAAUCUGGUUACCCUGGCGAGUAAUAGACGGUGUCCCUCCCACUAUUCCCAUUUCCUCUUUAGACGAACUGAAUGACUGCAUAGAGAGAUUGGGGAAUUCUUUUAUUGUUCUUAUAUACUCUGAAUUCCCUCCGCCCGCAAAUGUACGGUUGAAGCUGCUCAUCGCCGCAAGAGCCCAUGACCUCACCGUCAUCUCGGAGUUGCCUCCGGUCGGUAAUAAAAUCUCCUUUAUGAGGGUGGUCUUUAUUUUGGGGGUUUCGGCGGUGGGGGGUUAAGGGUAAAAUUGUGUAAUGGAUGGAGUAUAGACUAAGUUUUAUUAUUUCUAGUUUGACCCUCCUUAGUUUACUAUUUGUUUACCCUUAGAGGUCGUUUGGUAGCUGGUUAGA